UGAUUGUUAUGAUUUCUUGCUGGUGCUGGUGAUGGUAUAAGGUUUGUUUACAAGCUCUCUGAGCCUGUCAUUAUUGGUGAGGCUUCUUACCAAUAUAGUACUACUAAUAUCUAACAUCACAUUUUACGACUGCUCGAUGAUGCACAUGAGAUUGUGGCUGUAGCUGUGAGGUACCCGUUGUAGAUCGGUUGUCGCUGAUAGCUAUAGAAGCUGAUGCUGGUUUUUGAUGAAUGGUUUUAGUAGCUGUGUUGCAGUUGGUUGCUGUUACCUGUUUCUUGUGUUCCAUUGCAGUCUGAUUCCAUAUUUCGCAGUCUAAAGUUCUCUAAGCAAGGGAUUUCCAUUCCUGUAAUUGAGUUGAAUUUCGUCUCCACCUCCAAUUCUAUGCUAAAAUGAUUGCCCUUGUGCGCAGGAAUUCAUCACUCCAUCUCUUCCUCCGCACUCCGCCGCUGCGAGAAAUUUCCACCUCCGCCGCCGCGGUUUACGAUGUCUUGGUAAACAAGCACGAUUUCUCUCCCGAAAUCGCCGCAUCAGUCUCCUCCAAGCUGAGCCGAUUCAGAAGCCCCGAGAGAGCCGAUUCGAUCCUCACAUUCCUCAAACAAAACUCCUUCUCCACCACUCAGCUGCAGCGCCUCGUGAGAUCCGAUCCCCGCAUCCUCACCGCCAGCGCCGAGGCCGCCGUCAAGCUCAAAAUCAGCAUCUUCAGAGACUUCGGCUUUCCCCCCGAGGAAACCGCGAAGAUAAUGUCGAGCAAUAACGCAAUUAUUCACUCAAGCGCGGAGAAGAAGAUAAUCCCUCAGCUCUCCACGCUGAAGGCCUUGCUAGGAUCCAAUUCGGAAGUCGUGGAUCUCGUGAAGCGAUCCGUGUGGCACAUGACUGUUGAUUUGGAGAAGCUCUUCAUCCCAAAUGUCGAUUUCUUGAAGAAUUGCGGUGUAAAAAUGGAAGGAAUUCGCAUCUUGCUUCGGCAUUUCCCUCGGUGCCUCUUGCUGAAGCCCGAAUUGAUGAGGGAGGCGGUGGAGAAGGCGAGGGAAAUGGGGGUGGAUGAAAACACCAAGACGUUUGUGUAUGCUGUUCGCGCCAUUGCCUCGUUUAGGAAGGAGAGCUGGGAGGCGAAGAUUCAGGGGUUCCGGGAUUUGGGGGUGUCGGAUAGUGAGGUGGUGGAGAUAUUCAGGAGGUCGCCGUUGGUGAUCUGCACCUCGUUGGAGAAGUGCAGGGAGAUCAAGAGGCUUCUGCUUGGCACCGGGAGGUUUGAGACGGCCGAUCUGAUCAGUGAUCCUCCGACGUUCCUGUGCAGCGUUGAGAGGAGGUAUAAGCCGCGGCUGGAGGUUUUGGAGGUGUUGGAGAGUAAGGGACUUAUUAAGAGAUGGCCUAAGCUCUCGUUGAUUUGUAGGUGGACAGAUGAGAGGUUUUUCGGGGCGUUUGUUAGGCCUUAUGCAGAUCAGCUUGGUGAAGGGUUUGUUGAAAAGUAUUUUGCUUCAAGAGAGAAGCAAUGAGUGAUUGUUGAACAUUUUUGUAGAAUGUUGGAUAGUGAAAUGGUGAGGAAGUUUUCAAGCCAAGAAUCAGAAUUUAGACAAAUUGGGAUCUGGAAUUAGGCAUUAGUUAUUGGAUUGAUUCAAAAAUGACAAGAAAUUGGUCACAUUUAUCAUUUGACAUUUUUUUCAGAAUGUUGGAUUGGGAAAUAGUGAGGAAGUUUUCAUAGCCUGGUCUGUUGUUGGUGUUAUUAUAAGAUUUCUUGUAUGGAAAACUCAUUUUUAAGCCAAGAAUCAGAAUUUAGU